UCUGUCGCAAUAUCCACGAGGAAAUGUCACUCAGCCCCACUUCCUCACGGGAGGAGAGGCGCCCUGUCCCACGGAGAGGCUGCGAGGGAGACAGCAAGGUGUUGUGUCUAGGAUAGAGUGCAGAGCAGAGACUUUGCUGGGCAGAGCAAGCAGCCAGGUGCCCAUCAGCUCUCCUGCACUUGUGUUGUCUCCUGACUCAUCUGUCUGCUUCUGAAAUGGAGUCUGUCUGCACCCAGAUCACGUCACUGCCACUGUAACAUCAGCAGUUCUGGAGAAGGAAUAUCAAGCUGACAAGAACGGUGUUAUUUUUUUCAGGGCUGGUUCUCAGCAGUAUAAGUUAAACUUUGCAGACAUGGUCCAAACAAAUGUGGUCUUUAAAACUCAAAGAAGUGUUAUUCGACUGCCUAAAAAGUCGCAAGGUGGACAAGACAAAAGUAGCCAAAACACAACUCUGUCACAUCCAGUCUAUCCUCCAGAGUGGGACCAAACUGCACUACCUGAAAUUGGGUUCAAGAACAGACAUGCAAUUCCUGGGAGGCUCCCUGAGAACCCUUAUGAUACCACACAGGUUGGUACAGCUCAGCUGUGAUUCCGAAGAAUAUAGAAAAAUCAAGACGCUUUUUGAGAAGACAAUGAAAAAUUACUGCAUCAACCAACUGCAGAGGAUCCAGAACCCAACACUUUGGGACCUUUUUCAAUGGCAAAAAGAAAAGAUGAAGAAAAUCCAUCAAUUGGAAGGGGUGAACGAGAGGCUCCUAUUCCAUGGCACAGAUCCCUCCCUUUUGUCUGCCAUCUGUGAGCAGAACUUUGACUGGAGACUUUGUGGGAGUCAUGGGACACUGUAUGGAAAAGGAAGCUACUUUGCCAGAGAUGCCAGCUAUUCCCAUGAGUACUGCUCCCUCCACAACGGGCGCUACAGCAUGUUCGUAGCUCAGGUUCUUGUUGGAGACUUUGUGCAGGGAAACCCUGACUACUGCCGCCCUCCAGCCAGAGCUGGAAAUUCCAACAGACUGUAUGACAGCUGCGUGGAUAACCCCACAGACCCUUCCAUCUUUGUCAUCUUUGAGAAGCAACAAAUUUAUCCUGCCUAUAUCUUGGAGUACAGCGUUGAGAGCAGCUGUGUGGUCCUGUAAUGAAUGGUGGAAUGUCUUUUGAAUUCACACUGAAUAAAUUACUCUUCAGUAUGUCUUUUUAAA